UAUUCCACUGUCCGUCCACCCAAAAUCCUCUCGCGGUCGCGGCUUUGCUCCUCCCUCCCCCUCUUAUCCCCUUCUCCUCUCCUCCCUCCCUCCACCCCGCGCCGGCGCCACUAUGGCCUCCUCCCUCGCGGUGUCCCUCCGCGCCCUCGCUGCCGCCUCCCUCCCCAAGCCCAGCCCCGCCCCCGCCCCUUCCUCUCCCUUCCUCGUCCUCCUCGCGCCGGCGCUGCCCCGACGCCUGCUCCGCCUCCGCUCCGCACGCCGCCUGCCGCUCGCCCCACUAGCCGCCUCCGCCUCCGACUCCGUCGGGGUUGACUACGCGGAGCCGGCCGAGUCGGAGCAGGAGGAGGAGGAGGCGUUCGCCACGGAGGAGGAUGAGGGGGCGGAGGACGAUGCCGUAGAGGCCUCUGCCGCCGUCGAGGACGAGGAGGUCGGGGAGUAUGUCGAGCCGCCCGAGGAGGCCAAGGUCUACGUCGGCAACCUACCCUAUGACGUCGACAGCGAGCGCCUCGCGCAGCUCUUCGAGCAGGCCGGCGUCGUCGAGGUCGCAGAGGUCAUUUACAACAGAGAAACAGACAGAAGUCGCGGAUUUGGGUUUGUCACUAUGAGCACUGUCGAGGAGGCUGACAAGGCUGUGGAGAUGUUGCAUCGCUAUGAUGUCAAUGGAAGGCUUCUGACUGUAAAUAAAGCAGCUCCUAGAGGCUCUCGUGUGGACAGACCUCCCAGACAAUCUGGGCCUUCUCUCAGGAUUUAUGUUGGCAACCUGCCUUGGCAAGUGGAUGAUUCUAAAUUGGUGCAAAUGUUCAGCGAGCAUGGUAAAGUAGUUGAUGCCAGAGUUGUCUAUGACCGAGAAACUGGGCGUUCGCGGGGAUUUGGUUUUGUAACUAUGGCAACACAGGACGAAUUGGAUGAUGCUAUUGCUGCCCUUGAUGGACAGAGUUUGGAUGGCCGUGCCUUGCGUGUGAAUGUUGCAGAGGAGCGACCGCGGCGAAGUUUCUAAGGAGACUGUAUGGGGUGGACUGCAGGCUUGUUCGGUAGGAGCAUCAUAGCAUGGUCUGAUACUGGUUUAGACCCUCCAUUCUCUUUUCUUGUUUUGCUGAGCUCUAUCGUCCCACCGUGAAGAGGGAACAGUUCACUACUAUUUUGUUAUGUAUUUCUUCUGUUCAAAAGUUGAUGUAUUGUAGGCUACUGUUAUGGUGCACCUAGCCCAAUUUGUCGAUGCAAUUCGAAAUUUUGUCUAACAUCUGUUCAUGGAAAAUACUGUGUAUGAGCAGUUUGGCUCU